AUGUUGGUAAAAAACACGCUGUGGCUGCGAAAUGGUUCUCUUCUCGGCGACUGUUGCUGCAUCAGGCGUAGCGACUCGGUGGACACGAUACUGUUAACCCCAGCGCCGACCGUGGUGUCCACGGCUUCCGUGCCGGCGACGAUGGAGAGGCGAGGUUCUCGCGCAAGGAGGAGGAUGCUCGCGGUGGGCACAGCGGCGGCUGAAGCCCCAAGCAACAACGGUAGCUUGGGGGUGGAGCAAAACGAGCGGGAGCAAGACGACCCUCCAGUCAUCGAUACAACGUCCGUGGAAGUUGAACGAAAGGCGGACGGAUCGGUGACGAAGGUUAAUGAGUAUGUGGUGGUUCGUGAUCUCGGGCGUGGCUCCUCGGCGGAAGUUAAGCUGUGCCGGCUGCUGAUGCCGCCAGAUCGCGUUUUCGACAACCAACACACAAGCGAUAUUGGAUUGUCGGCCAACCGCGAGAGUAUCGUCGAUACGGUCGGUGGCGGGGGUGGGGAGGAGAGCCGCAGCGGCAGCAGCGGUUUCGGGGGUGAAGGUCGACGACGCCACCGUGCUAGCGCCGGCACUUACAAGGAGCGGGUGGAGGGGCAGGAAGGGGGGCAGGACCAUGGUCGGGACCAGGAGCGGGAUGGGCUGGACGGAGGAGACCUUUAUGUGUGUAGUGGUGGAGAAGCUUGCGUUGGCGUCGAAAACGUUGAUGUUCGUGACACUCCUCUGGUCGCGGUGAAGAUUUUUGACCGGGCCGAGCUGAUGCGGCGCGGCGCGCGGUUCGCAAGACCGCGGGCAAGAGGGCCCGAUGGCGCGCUGCUGCCCGCCAAGGCCACCUCGGACAACUACAUCAAGGUGCAGCGAGAAAUCGCCAUCAUGAAGAAGCUGGUGCACCCAAACGUUGUCCAGCUCGUCGAGGUGAUCGAUGCCCCCCGGGAUCGCUCCCUGUACAUGGUGAUGGAAUACGUCGAGCGAGGAGCGGUCAUGUACUGCGUCGAGCAGGGGAUGGGCCGCUAUGAGUGCUCUCCGAGCGUUAACGAAGGAAGCUGCUUGGACGCACGUACAGCGGCCCGCUACUUUUCCGACGUCCUGGCGGGGCUGGAAUACCUUCACUUGCAGCUCAUCGCGCACCGUGACCUUAAGCCUGAGAACGUGCUCAUCGGGAACGACGACCGUGCGAAGAUAGCGGACUUCGGUGUCUCUCAAUACUUCAACGAUGACGAGCCUCGGACUCCCAAGUCGGCACGCUCCCUCGCCAGAUCCACGUCUCGCGCCCAGAUGAGCUCCACGGAGGGCACGUGGUGCUUCUGGUCGCCCGAGAUGUGCGGCGAGUGGGGAGAAGGUGCUGCCUUCAACGCGUACGCGUCUGACGCGUGGGCCGCAGGAGUGACGCUUUGGUGCCUCCUCUACGGGACCGUGCCCUUCUUCAGCCUGAACCCCAUGGACCUGUUCACGUCCAUCGCACAGGAUCCGGCGCCAGUACCAGACGGGGCCGACACGCCCCUCAAAGACCUCCUCAACCGGCUUCUCACCAAGGACCCAGGGAAGCGACUGACGGUGCCGGAGGCCCGCGACCACCGCUGGUUGCAGCCGCCACGGCCGGGUGAGCGAUGUGGCGAUCGGGGCGGAGAUGGCGACGGCGGCGGGAAAGGUGGCGAAGGCGGCGGAGGCGGCGGAAGCGGCGGAAGCGGUGGCGGAGGUGGCGAAGAAGGCGAAGAAGGCGAAGAAGGCGACGAAGGCGAAGAAGGUGACGAAGGCAGGAUUGGGGGCGUGGCGUUCCUUCGCGGGGCCCUGCUGAAGAAUAGCAGCUUUUCUUCUUCUCUCUCUCCUUCCGCCCUCCUAGCCGCCGACGACUCUCGUUUCAUCGCUGCUGCUGCUGCUGAUGCUGAUGCUGAUGCUGCUGCUGCUGCUAGCGGUGGUGGUGAUGGUAAUGUUAGUGACGACGGUGGUGGUGAAGGUGGUGGAGAAGGUGCUGUUGGUGGUGGCAGUGAUGGUGGUGGUGGUGGGAAUGGCGGCGGCUCAAAGACGACUGGUCGCUGGGCAGACAGCGCGCGCGAGAGGGUCGCCGUUAGCGACGAGGACGUGAGAGCAGCUGUGACGGAGGCCCCCGGCUUUGUCCUCGUUUCGAAGAAGAUCAAGGGCAAGGUGGACGGGAUGAAGGUGAAGGCUCGGCGGCUGUCGAGCGAGCUCGGAGGCGCUACGGUGGCGUCGCUCGCGGGGGUGAAGAGAAGAAACAAGACGCGCAAGAAGAGCCGAAACAGCAGCGGUGAUAGAGGCGGGGAUGCCGCCGACGGCGCCGCCUGCAACAGGGGUGCUCCGGAGGUAAAACAUUCCUUCACCUCGCUGUCUGGAAGGGACCCACGAAAGCAAGAAAAUAGACGGAAGACGGAUGAUGAUGAUGAGGACGAGGAGGAGGAGGAGGAGGAGGAGGAGGAGGAGGAGGAGGAGGAGGAGGAGCGGGAAGAAGAACAGGACGAAGCGCGACCGACAGCACCGAGAGCGUCAUCGGCCGCCUGCGUGAUCAGCUAGCCAUUUUAGAGUCCAUCGCCUGCUCCUGUCCUUGCUGGGCUGCUUCCUAGACGCUAAUGUGCUGCUGCCUAGACGCUAAUGUGCUUCUGCCCAGGCGCUAAUGUGCUGCUGCCUAGACGCUCGGCCGGUUGGGGAAAAAGAGUGUCAGCCGUGGGCCGACGGUGGUCAGAAGACGGGGUGGAUGGGGGCGUGGGGGUUUGUACGUGUAUAGCCGAUGUGAUAUGUUGGUUCGACCGGAGAAAGCGUGGACACGACCGGGAAGACGCCGCCAGUUGUCAAGGGAGGACGUGGGUUGUUUCGUUGUUGGUAUCGAUGCUUGUCAUCUUGGUUGUUUUUGUUGUUCGACAUACAUUCGCCACAUUCUCGUGUAUUCAGCUAGUGGUGCCAUUGCUUCUCACCCGAGAUGAAUGUGUGUGUGUGUGUGUAUGUGUGUUUUCGUGUUGUGGUUACAGCUAAGUUCACCCAACACACGGGCAGGUGACCCCCAGCUGGCUUGUUUUCUUCUUGUUCCUUGGGGGAGCCAGGGUUAUAUAGUAGUGGUAUGCAGCCUACAGUAGUACUACCGUACCAACCUUUUUUUGGCUCCGACGUGCCGUUUUUUUUUUAUUUGGAUUUGUCAGGGAGGAAGGGUUUCGCGUGGCCUGGAGUCUGCUCUCUGGCCACCAUCGUUCCCGUUUAUGUAGUAUUCCGUUUUGGGGUUGCUCC